AUGGGAGCGGGAAUCCAGAUCGCAGAGAUGGCAGCUAACAGCCAGAUCGACAUGCUUGGCAAUGCCGCUGGUGGGAUCUGCCUUCUGCUUCUAAUCUUCGCGUUUGUCAUCGACCUCUUCACUCGACCAUUUUAUGUGCAGCUGCCCGUGGGGUUGAUUAUGGCGUGUGCAUUCCUCGCGGCUGCAUCCAUGAAACACGUCUCACUGCCGUGGCUCAGUGGGCUGACAUGCCUCGCCUUCACCGUAGUGAUGAUAGUGAUCGUGCGGCGGCGGUGUUUCAAGCCAGGGCAGGUCAGCGGUCGAGACUUCUUCAACAGUCUUGCAGCGAGCUUCGUCCUCGGGGCGCUGAUCGCGAUAGCGGCAUGGGUUGGUUGGAUGGCAUUUGCUGACAGAAUGUGGUUCGAAGAAACUCGAGUUUGGCUAGCAGCUGAGAACUCGGCAGUGUAUGCAUACUUCUACACGAACUUCACCUUGGACUAUCCGACCUAUUGCAGCUCCGAGACCAAGAAUGCCACGCUCCUGAGCACAUUCUCGGAUGACGGCCGUGCGCAGAUCCAGUCCGCCUGUUCAAAAUCAGAGACGGUCUGGUUCCUGCAGUGGUCGGCCCCAUGCGCUGUGGGCAUUUGCAAUAUCAUCCUCGCGGCAUUCAGUUGGGUCUUUGCCCAGGCGACCGGGGGCGUCGAUUUGCGAGUUGGCAGCGAAGCUGUGCGUGUCAAGAAGGCACUGAAGCUUUGCCUGGCACUGGUUAUCCUGAUGAUAGCCAUUAUGUAUACUGCACAGUAUGUGUCGGGUGCCAACGUCACCGUGAGCGCCGGACUCGUGUGCUUAGCCGCCGCUUCCUUGGCGGGGAUCCUUGGAUUCAUGCUCCUGGAGUUUGGCUUCGACAAGCUCAACGAGGUUUCGACCCAAGAUGGCUUGGCGAAGAACCUGGUAAGCAUCUUGAAGUCAGACUGGAUGAAGGCAAUCGCUGUGGGCGGGCUGAAUGUGUUCAUCCCCAUCAUCGCACUGCUCGACAUCUUGAGACAGGCUGUUCGGAAGUGUACUCGAAGCACUCUCAGCACUGAUAUCUUCACCGUGGAGGGUCGACGAGUGGUGCGGGAAAUGCGCACAUGGGCCUGGUGCAACAUUUUCUUCAAGGUGAACAUGCUUGGCGAGCUUUUCGUGGCUCUUUUGCUCGGAAUGAAGCUCACCUACGUGUUCUUUUCCUGGCUGAACGAGACGCUCGCUGCCAUGAACUUGAACUUCCUGAUCCUCUCCCUGUUGGUCUGGGGAGUUGGCUUGGCCAUGUUCCUGUGCCCGAUCGUCCCGGGCAGUGCGGUGUACCUUUUUGCAGGCGUGGUCUGCGGCGCCCAGUCGCAGCUGGCAGGCUCCAUUGGCUUCCCUGCUGGUGUGGCUGUUGCCGCUGUAGUGUGCUCGUGUGCGAAGCUGAUGGCUUGCUGCCUACAGUACGCGAUGGGCUACGCAGCGGGCCAGUCUGUAAAGGUGCAGCAGUUCGUAGGCGUGGACAAGGUGCCCACGCGUGCGAUGGAACAGAUUCUGAAGCAGGAUGGUCUUAAAAUUGAUAAAGUGGCCAUCCUUGUUGGGGGGCCAGACUGGCCGACAAGUGUGCUGUGCGGUAUCCUCCGCCUCAGAAUCCCUCAGAUGCUGCUAGGGACCACCCCUGUCAUCUUCGUGAGCAUCAUUCCGCAGUGCUUGGUGGGAGCGCUCCUGACAUUCACAGGCGAUACCUCGGGCAUCAUGCCCAUGGUCUCUAGCGCCGUGACUCUGGCGGCUGCCACAGUGCAAGCCUCCGAGAUGUUCUUCUUCAGCUACCGCAUCAUGAAGGUCGUCGAAGUGGAUGGGGAGAAGCUUGCGUUGCCCCGGCCAGAGCACGAAGCUGUUGCAGAGCUCACCCGGAAAGAGGCAGCAUACGUCGCGGCCCUGAAGGAGACCUGCAAUUGGAGCAAUAUGGGUUGCCUCCAGAAGCUCAUGGUCUUGUUUUCGUCCCUUUGCCUGCUCUUGGCGGGCUUUGUUCUGGCUGCCGACUACUCCUUGGGAGACCAGUUCUGCUUCAGAAGCUUCAGCAUCACCAGCAAGAUUGGUGACCCGUUCGAACUCGGUGGCUUAGACGGCCAAGCGCUGAAUCUAGUAGUUGUUCCAGCAGGCUGGGCCGCUUUAGGACUGGCUUUCCUGGGCUUUUUCACCCAUAUCAUCGUGAGCAAGUGGUUGGCAUGUGCGGCCAGAGCCAGACUUCUGAAAGCGCCGCAGCCCGAGCAACCUGCAAGCACCACGAUUGGCAAAGUGAACUACGAUGCCUUCAAGGGGCAGGAAUAG